CCCCCCGGGACACCCCCCGGGACACCCCCGAGUGCUGCCUCCGCCUCCUGUCAGGAGCAGCCGGGACCGCGGGACAGGACUGGUCCCCGCGCGGCGUUGGCGGGGGGGGGCGGUUGGGCCUAGCGCAGGUCCCCAGCUCCUCAGCAGCCGUUGUCUUCGGUUUCCCUCUGCCUUUGCAGCCGCCAGCGCCGGUAGCGUUCCCUGGGCCGUGGGGUGAUGGUGCCGGGCGCUCUCGGCUGCCGUCUGUGGGUGUAGGUACGGACAGUGGCGCUGCUGGUGGAACUAGGAGCUGAUAGCUCGGCUGCAGGGCUGUUCGCCUGUCUGACGGGGCUGUCGGGGGCUAAGCCUGCUGCCUUUGUCUGGUAAUCUGUGGUGGUUUGUGGCCGGUCACACUGCUGGUGUGGUUAUGGGACUGAAACCCACCGUGCGUAGCCAGCAACGUUCUAGCGUGUGUCAGGGGCUCCAAACAGUCAGAAGAUACAUUUACUGGUUGCAGAGACACUCGAUGGAACUCUUCUUUAUCUCUGUGGUUUAUGUCACUUCUGUUGGCACAAAUUUCACCCCUUUGGAUGGCCUCAAGGAUGAGGCUGAGGAUUAAAUUCCCAUAAAGCUGUGGAGGUUCCUAGAAGUCUGACUCAGGAGUUGCCGACCGAGGUGUGAGGGCUUUGCUUCAGUGGAUGCUGAAGCCAGUAUCUAACUUUAUUUAAAGCGAUCCGAAUGCAAUCAGCGUUGCUCUAUAAAUGCUUCAAGUUAUGCAUUUGCUUAAGUACAUCACUGGCUCAGUGCUAUUGGAGUUCCUGCACUGUCAAGCGAACGUAUCAUCAACAUUCUCCCCUAGCAUAAAGUCAAAUGGGCAGUAUUUGAAAUAAUUAACUUAUUACUGUAAUUAUAUCUUUAAUAAUGAACUUAUUAUUGUGAAUAAUUCAGGAAUGCUGGAACACAGAGCUGUAACUGUGCACAGUGCAGCCUGAGUGCUGCAGCUUGUGUGGUUAGGACAGACAACAUGCUUUGUAUCAAUAGUAAACAUAGGUAACAAAAACCUCAGAUCUCUGUUAACGUUUAUAUCUUCAGCACAUGUUGAGAUGUUGCUUUAUUUUGAAGACACUCAUGAAUGUGGUGAGCAGUAUGCUUCCCAAGCAGUGCUUCCCAAAUGGAGCCCCGUGCUGUGAUCUCCACGUGUUGUUGGAAUGUAAUUUAUUAUUCUCUGCUUCAUUAAACAAGCACAUUAAUUUUCUUCUGAUGGGCUUCAGGAGGUACCAGGGACUCUCCCUGGUUUACACAUUGCUCCAGGCUGCUUCACCUCAUGCUGGAGGGAAGUGCUUUCACUUAACACUGUCACCUGUAAAUCAUAUACAUGUGCAAUGCAAAGGGCUGCAUUCUCUUCUGUGGUUAUGCCACUGAUAAGAAUAACGAGCAUCAUUAUCCCUUGUUAGGCUUUGUAUUCCUGAUUGCACUCUGCAGCCUCUGCCUUAAAUAGAGGAUUAUUUAAUUACUUAAUAUAAUGGCAGGAAUUUUAACUUGUUUUUUCAAACCCCCCCACCAAAAAAAAAGAUAAUCUGGAAGCAGGAGCUAUAGAAAGUGACUUUUUUCUUUAACUGAAGGGGCAAGGAGCAGCCACAGCAGCAUUGCCUGGGACAGCUGGGGUUUGGAAGAGGAAUUCAGAUGUGGACAGUAGCAAGGGUUUACCCAUGAAGUUCUAUAUUCCUAACAAAAUUACCACCUGCUAAUCCUAAACUCGAUUUCUUCCCUCCCUGCAAAUGCAACAGGGCAAAUGCAGCAUUUCUGAGACCUAAGGUAAAAAGCAAAGUUUGGUUCUUUGUCUUGAAGGCAUAAAACUUCACCAGGUGCUUUUCUCUUUCUCCAGUGCUCUACAGAUACCUAGUUCAGAUGCAGUUAAUGACUGGAGAAAGAAGCUGGUUUAAAUCACAUCACCAUUGCCAACAAUUUAUUGAUGCAAUCCUGAGCAUGUGUGUGCUGUGACUGUGUUGGAGUAGGAAUCUACUGUACUGAAGGCUCGUUUAACACAACUUAUGUGUUGAUUAGGAUCCAGACUGAUACAGAGCAGAGCAGGAAAAUGUGGAGCAUGUGGGCCAGGAUACGCAACCCCUCUGGAUGCCAUGAAAGGUCCCCGGGAGGAGGUUGUGUACCUGCCUUGUAUCUACAGGAACACUGGGAUAGAGAAGCCUGACUACCUGGCCACUGUGGAUGUUGAUCCCAAAUCUCCACACUAUUGUCAGGUGAUCCAUCGCCUGCCCAUGCCCAAUCUGAAUGAUGAGCUCCAUCAUUCAGGGUGGAAUGCCUGUAGCAGCUGCUUUGGGGAUGCCACAAAGAGAAGGAACCGUCUGAUUCUGCCAGGUUUGAUCUCUUCCCGAAUUUACGUGGUGGAUGUGGGAGCAGACAUGCGAGCUCCUAGAAUCCAUAAGGUUGUUGAGCCAGUGGAGUUAUACCAGAAGGGUAAUGCGGCUAAUCCUCACACCUCUCACUGUCUGGGCAGUGGUGACAUCUUAAUCAGCUGUAUGGGAGACCCUUCUGGCAAUGGAAAAGGUAGCUUUAUAUUGCUGGAUGGAGAAACCUUUGAAAUGAAAGGAAACUGGGAGAAUGGGGAGAAGGUUCCUCUCCUGGGUUACGACUUCUGGUACCAGCCACGACACAAUGUCCUGAUGAGCUCUGAAUGGGGAGCCCCAAAAGCCUUGAUAGAUGGGUUUAACCCAGCUGAUACAGAGAAAGGGCAUUAUGGCGGCCACAUUAACGUGUGGGACUGGAGCACUCACACCUUCAUUCAGGCAAUUGACUUAGGGAAGGGCUCCAUACCUUUGGAGAUCCGAUUCCUCCACAAUCCGGAUGCUGCAGAAGGGUUUGUGGGAUGUGCUCUGAGUGCUGCAGUGCAUCGAUUCUACAAGACAGAGAAAGGAGACUGGGCAGCAGAGAAGGUGAUUGAAGUCCCCAGCAAGAAGGUGCAGGGAUGGCUUCUCCCUGACAUGCCUGGUCUUAUUACUGACAUCCUCAUCUCGCUGGAUGACCGGUUCCUGUAUUUCAGCAACUGGCUGCAUGGGGACAUCCGCCAGUAUGACAUCUCCAACACCCGCAAGCCCAGGCUGGUGGGGCAGGUGUUUCUGGGAGGCAGCAUCACAAAAGGUGGGCCUGUAACUGUAGUGGAAGACAAGGAAUUGCAGUGUCAGCCAAAGCCAUUUGUGAUCAAAGGGAAGAGGGUGCGAGGUGGACCUCAAAUGCUUCAGCUGAGUUUGGAUGGGAAGAGAUUGUAUGUCACCAACUCUCUCUACAGUGGAUGGGACAAGCAGUUCUACCCAGAUCUUGUCAAGGAAGGCUCUGUUAUGCUGCAGAUUGAUGUGGAUAAUGAAAAAGGUGGAUUGCAAGUGAAUAAAAACUUCCUAGUGGAUUUUGGGAAGGAACCUGAUGGGCCUGCCCUGGCUCAUGAGAUUCGUUACCCUGGUGGAGACUGCACCUCUGAUAUCUGGAUGUAAUAGUUGUCUGGAGCUGGUUUCAGGGGGUUUGUUGUUGUUGCUUUUUUUUGGGGGGGAGGGGGGUUGUGUUUGGGGUUUUUCCCUUCUUUCUCCUUCUCUUUCCUCUUUACUCUCCACUUCCCCUCUAUAAAGAUAAAUGGGGUCAGCUGGAACUUUAUCCACUGUCUAAAUAUAGACUUCCAUUAGGGUGAGCCACAGAAGCUCCACUUUCUUCUCAUUCUGAGUCAGCCAAGUGAAUCUCUCUGAAACAUGAUCCACAGCUCAUUUUCUCUCCUCCUUCCCCUUUCACAAGGUCCUGUGUAAUCACUGUUGACUGUUGGUUUCAAGGCCGAGGUCACCAGCUUUUAAAGACUAUUUGCCUUGUUUGAUGCUAAUUUGCCUUGCCACUGUUUGUUGGUGAAGAAGCUGUUUCUAAAUAGCUCCGUAAGAAGGGUACAUUCCAUGGGCUUGUCUCUGAGUGAGAGUGUUCUUUCCCUGCAAAGCUUAAUGUGCUCAUACAGUAGUCAGUGCUUCACAGCAGACACAGCAUAAAAAUCAUACAUAUCUAUCUAAUCUGAAGUCACCUGCAUCUGAACUUGGGUUAUAUUUUAACAUCUGUGCACUGAUGUUAUAAAAAAACAACAAUAAAAGCAUUCUUCAAGCCA